AUGGGAAUCGAUGUAUCUGACAAACUAUCAUCGUAUAGUACUGCUGUUAGAAAAUCAAGAAGGUGGUACCACAAAGCAGCCGAAGAAAUAAUCCUUGGGACUGUUGUUGUGAACUCUUGGCUGGCCUAUACGGAUGCAGUGAAGGCAAAACCUACAGCUUGCGGACGUCGGAAAAACACUGGAUGCCUAUCACAGCGUUCAAAGAGAAUAUUGCAAAUUUCACUGAUGGAUCUGGAAAAUAACGCUCUUACUCCUGUACAAGGUACUUGCCACCAUUAUCUGACUGUAUCUCAAAACUUUACUGGAAAGGAAAAAGCUAAACACAGGAUCAGAAGGUACUGCAAAUUGUGCUACAAGCAAGCUGCACAACUAAAAGGACGUGAUGCGGCCAAGAAACUGGGUAAAGUGAACACAUUUUGUGAUCAGUGUCCCGAGAAGCCAUAUUUGUGUAAAGACUGUUUUCGAGCAAAUCACAAAUAA